AUGGACCCCUGUCCCUUCGUGCGAAUCGUUAUAGGAGGCUUAGCCGUUAAACUUCCGGUGGCGUCGAAACCUGCAUUCUCCGGCAUCCACCCUUCAUCUUCUCCAUGCUUUUGUCGAAUCAAGCUCAAGAACUUCCCCUCCCAAAUCUCUUCUGUCCCUCUAAUUUCACAAGGUGAUCAUAUCCCUGCCUUGCCAGCUGCCUGCUUCAACCUUAACAAAUCACAAUUCGAAAAAUUGGUCCUCAGAUCAUCAAAUUCAGGAAAGCCUUGUAGCUUAAAAAUCGAGAUCUACACCGUCCAGGAAAAGUACGACAUUCACAGUGGAUGGGUCUCUGUCGUCCGCGCAGCAAAAGGAUCGUCCGCGCAAUUGCAUGUGAACGUUAAGUCCGAACCUGACCCGAGAUUUGUGUUUCAGUUCGAUGGUGAACCCGAAUGCAGCCCUCAAUGUUUUCAAGUCAACGGCAACGUGAGACAACCCGUCUUUACCUGCAAGUUCAGUUUCAGAAACUUCGGCGAACACAAUCUCAGAUCCAGGUCACAGUUAUCAGAGCCGUGCACAUCGAAGAAUUGGUUCAAAAGUGGGAACAAAGAACACCAACACGUCAAGGAACGAAAAGGGUGGUCUGUUAUGAUUCAUGAUCUAUCCGGGUCGCCUGUGGCGGCGGCGUCAAUGGUGACACCGUUCGUUCCGUCGCGGGGGACCGACUUGGUGAGCCGGUCCAACCCGGGCGCGUGGCUCAUCCUCCGACCCGCGACGGCACGUGGAAGCCGUGGGGCCGGCUCGAGGCGUGGCGAGAGCGUGGGUUUAACCAUCGUGUUGGGUACCGGUUCGAGCUCCUACCCGACGCUGCUACGGGCUGUCCCGACCCCGUCACCCUCGCCGACUCCUCCAUCAGCACCAAGACUGGCGGCAAGUUAG